AUGUCAUGCAGCCGUGACCGAAACUCGCCGAUUCCCGAGAAUAUUCGGGAUCAGCUAGUUGUUGUAAGCUCCUGUCUUCGGGUAGAGCUAUCUCGGCAUAGCCGCAAUGAGUAA